CCCUUGAUUUACCUAUCUUUCGAGUUGGAAAGAGGAGAGGAAUCGAAUCGGGGCUCCAUUGGCAAAAAAAAAAAAAAAAAGUAUUAUAGGUGAAAGAUGGUCUAUCGUUUUCUUCCACGGAGACUGUAAACCCUAAUAAUCACCAAUUCCAAAACUCAACCUUCGAUGGAGCAGUAUCCUUAUCAAAACCCCUUCGAAAGACGCCCAAUCCUCAAAUCCAAGGCUCCUGCUGUUAAGUGGGUCAAGGAGUGGGUUCCACAAGAUAUUGUUGCUACAGGUGGAAAGUGUUUUCUUCGCAAAUGGGUCACAGAGGAAACGGUGAGGAGACUGAAAGAAACAGAGAAAGAGCCUACUACUGAUGUUCCAGACCCUGAGCCCGAACCCACUUCUGAGAUUUUAUUUCUCUGCAGUUACGAGGGUUGUGGAAAGAUGUUCUUUGAUGUUAGUGCCUUGCGGAAGCAUUCCCACAUCCAUGGUGAAAGGCAGUAUGUUUGUGAUUACCCUGGAUGCGACAAGAAAUUUCUGGAUAGUUCCAAGCUGAAGAGACACUGGCUCAUUCAUACUGGGGCUAGGGACUUUGUUUGCACUUAUGAAGGCUGUGGCAAGGCAUUCUCCUUGGAUUUUAACCUCAGAUCUCACAUGAAGACUCAUUCACAAGAAAACUAUCACAUAUGUCCCUACUCUGGGUGUGGAAAAAGAUAUGCUCAUGAAUACAAGCUUAAGAACCAUGUUGCUGCCUACCAUGAAAAGAAUGCUGCUGGAGAGACGCCUAAAUACAUGCCACCGGCAGAGAAAGUAUCAAGGACUCCCAAAACACCUGCAACGGUUUAUGGCUCAGCAUCUUCGGAACGGCCAUAUGCAUGCCCUUACGAAGGGUGUGAGAAGGCUUACAUACAUGAGUACAAGCUUAAACUCCACUUGAAGAGAGAGCAUCCAGGGCAUUUAACAGAAGAGAACGCAGAGAACCCCACACCCAACAAGCACGAGCUGGAAGAAGGCAGUGACCAAGAUUUUUACAGGAAGCACGCUAGCAACGGGAAAAGCCAGCCGCAUAAUAAACAACAGAGCAGAGCUAAGCCAAACAUGAGGACACCACCAGCCAAAGCUGGAAAGAAAGGCUCAACCUCUUCACCGGCCAAAGCAAGGAUGGUCAAAAAACCAUGGCAAGUAAAAGAAACGUAUGAAGGAGAAAGAGAAGAAGAGGAAGAAGAUAGUGAGGAGACGGAAGAAGAUAGAGAGAACGUGGAUGAUGGCUGGAGGUUUGGGGGAAACAAUGAAGAGGAUGACGAUGAAGAGACCGAGGAUGAAGACUAAGGUAUUACUUCGUCUGAAAGCCAUAGUUAUUUUUGCUUACUUUCCAUAUCUUUAUGCGAAGGUAAAGUUGAGUGAGUAGCUGUAUUUCUUCAUUCCUCUUUUUUCGUUUGCACCCCUUUGACAAUCUUCUAGUUUUAAUGCACUGUACAGUUACUGUGUUCUCAACAUUUUCAGGACGUUCAUUUCUCUCUGUUUUUUCUUGUUA